GUUUUCUCUCUCCAAUCAAGAUAUAAUCAACAGCCCUGGUUCAAGAAGCAGAAGGAAGCAAGGGCUUCUCCAAGCAACCUUUCCUCUCCCUUUCUUAGGGCAUUUUCUCCCCCACCUCGUGCAGCUUUCCCCCUCCCCCUUUUUUCCUCCCCUCCCACUACUGGGGUGUCGAUUUCUCGUGGCCUGUGUCCCCCUGGAAGCUGCCACCCUGAAGUUUCUGGUGGUGCUCCUGGCCGCAGGAAUGCUGGCAUUCCUUGGUGCAAUUAUUUGCAUCAUCGCGAGCAUCCAUCCUGCGACCAGCAAUGCUAGAGCUCUCCAAGGUACCGACAAUGGCUCCAAUGCCGCGGCUGCAGCCCUACUGCCCGCCUCUGGAGCCGCCGACAAAACCUUGGGAGCUCUCCAUGGUGCUGGAGAAAGCACCUACGGGGGCUUCUCGACAGGCGCCCAAGACUCUUUGUUGGACCUACUGGCCAGCGCCCGGCCUCAGCAGCACCAACAGCUCUUCAGCCGCUUCCUGUGCACCCCGCUGACUGUCGAGUGUCCCUCCGAGGGAAGCCCGCAGGGGGACAGUCCUGGGGCAGCUGCCAACGAAGAGCUUUUCUUCCUCCAGAGCACGGCUGAGCAGCUAAGGCAGACAGCACAGAAACAAAAAGACCAGAUCCUCAUUGAUCAGAAGACCAUCCGGGAGCUGACCACCAAGCUCAGCCGGUGUGAGAAUGGACUUGAACUUAGUUUCCAGGACAGUGCCUCGGUUUGGGGCGUCCCGCAGCACGACACCAUGGGCGAUCUCCCCUGGGAUUCGCCUGCCAUGAUUCAGGAGCUAGAAGAGGCUGUCAAGACGCUGAAGGACAGGAUCGACAAGAUAGAGCAGGAGGCCCCAGCACGAAUAAAUGCUACCUCUGCCCCAGUGCCAGCCCAAGAAACAAUCCACACCAAGAUGGAGGAGCUGGAGGAACAGAUUCUCUCCAAGAUUUUGGCUCUGGAAAAAGAACGUGCAUCCACUGGCCACGUGAAUGAUCACCAGCAGCAAGAAGUAGACAAGGAGCUGGAUGCUCUCCAAAACCGGGUGGCAAACCUGGAACACGAAACAACAACUUUCACCCCUCCAGAUGCCUUCAAAGUCACCAUCCCUGUACGCAACAAUUAUAUGUAUGCCCGGAUGAAGAAGAGCUUGCCUGAGCUUUAUGCCUUCACCGUCUGCAUGUGGCUGAAAGCCAGGGGUCCAGCAGGGGUGGGCACCCCUUUCUCCUACUCAGUACCUAGUCAGUCCAAUGAGCUCGUAUUGUUGGAGUGGGGCACUAAUCCCAUGGAGCUGAUAAUUAAUGACAAGGUGACUCAGCUGCCCAUGAGUCUGAAGGUGGGGACGUGGCACCACAUCUGCAUAACCUGGAUCACACGGGAUGGCAUAUGGUCGGCAUAUCAAGAUGGAGUAGAGCGUGGGGGCAGUGAAAAUCUGGCCUCCUGGCAUACUGUCAAACCUCAUGGGGUCAUUAUCCUGGGUCAGGAGCAGGAUACGCUGGGUGGGCGCUUUGAUGCCACUCAGGCCUUUGUCGGUGAAAUUGCUCAGUUCAACUUGUGGGAUCAUGUCUUGACGCCAGCAGAGAUCCUGGGUCUGGCCAACUGCACCAGCCACCUGCAAGGGAACGUCAUCCAGUGGGAUGAAAAACUGGUCGAGGUCCAUGGAGGGGCAGUCAAGAAGAGCUUCGAAGUGUGUGAAGAAAGGAAGAAGGCGUGAGAGGUUCUUGCCGCCACCAAAAGAAAAGAGCAUAGAAGCUACUGCCACUUCUUUCAGCUUACAUCAAGAAUGAGGCAGCAAAGGGUUCUCCUGACUAUUCAGAAACAUCUUGAAUUCUGAAUUGGUCUGCAGAAUGGGUGUAUGUGUGUGUGUGUGUGUGUGUGUGUGUGUGUGUGUGUGUGUGUGUGUGUGUGUGUGUGUGUGUGUGUGUGUGUGUGUGUGUUUGUGUGUGUGUGUGUGUGUGUGUGAGAGAGAGAGAGAGAGAGAGAGAGAGAGUGUGCAUGUGUGCAAAGGAUAAGGGUAACCUUCUGAACUUAAUGAAAUUGUGACACUGUGUUUUUCAUUGUUUCAGUAAAACCUUCUGAUUUGUACAUCUGAAUGGAAAAGGCCCUCCACCAAGAAAGCUGGGGUGAUAAGAGGGUGAUAGCCAUAUUUCAACAACUGGCCAGGAGUACUGUAGAGAAUGGGAAGUUGUUGGUGGAACUGUUAUCGCCAACAUUUUGCUUCUUUCACAUUUUGUCCGAUACCUUUUGACUCUGAUUGGGAUUUGCUGGAGUUUUAGAACCUAUAGGAUGGUGGCAUUUGCCCAGAAGAAGCCAUGGAUAGUCUAGGAAUACACAAGCCUAUAUUCUUGUAGUCUUUGCAUGCUUCCACCAGGAAUGUCCCCCAGAAUCCUCCACCUUCUGUACUCCAUACCCUCAAGUAGGUAAUGAAGCCAAGGGAUUCCUUCAUUCCACCAGAGCUUACAUACUAGAUUAUCUGUAUCACCAUGAUCUGAUCCAGCAUUCCAUUCCAGAUGAGUGUGUGAAUUGCCACAUGCUCCUGCAGUUCUGUUGAUUUUCAUUGAGCACAUGAUUCCAAAUUCUUUUUGUCAGUAUUUUUAAAGACAGAAUUUGUGAGGCUCAUUUUUAAAGAAGGGAAGCAGACUAUGCUGACAUUUCUGCUCAAUCAUUUUUCCCCCACAGGCCUUCUUCCCUAUCACUUGCAUGCCUCUAAGGGCUGAUACACAAGCACAUGUUCCUUAUUUGAUAUCUCAUGCUGGUGAUGCAUUGAACACAUGAACUGAGUGUGAUGUGAUACCAGCAUAAUAUGAAACCCCUCUCUGUUCUGUGAUGGGCGCUAAACACGUUUAUCAAACACCAUUUGAUAAUUCAACCGUCCAGUGACGGCCAUGCAUAUGUCAGUCAGCCUUGACUUUACAGAAAUUCUGAAAGAGAUAAUGUCAUAAGAUCCAAUUCAUUUUCUAGGUACUGCUAGUUUAAAAGAAUAGUGGGAAACAAUGGCAGGAACUGCAAAUAGGUCCUUGACCAGGAAGGUACUCUGCCUUUUGUACAUGUUCCAGGUUCCUUCCAAGAUGAAAUAUCAUGGGGACAUGAUAGCUCCUGGGCCUGUACUUGAGGCAGAAUGAAUCUUAACAUGAGUUUCUGUCACAAGACACUAGGCUUUCCAGCUGACAACUAAGCUCAUAGCUCUGUGUUACUUCUCCCACCCCAGUUAAUCAAACUAGAAGAAUGUUAAUAGUCCAAAUGACACCCUUUGAAGUUUCUCAUUUGGACUUUAGCUAAGGUAAUUUUCAUAAACAGUCUCAUGCAUGUUUAUGGUGCAUUAACAAAGUAUCAGAUUUGGAAGUGAAUGCCAGAAGAUGUAUGUUACUGACCUGUUGCACAAUUACCAUGAAUCCUCUUUCCAAAGCAGCAGAUGCUUAGUUUUAUUUCCUAAGAACUCUACUGGAUCAAACCAAAGAUCCAUCCAAUCCAGCAUCCUGUUUCCUGCAAAGACCAGCUGGAUGUCCCUGAGACACUCACAAGCGAGGCACAAAGGCAAGAGCCCUUUAUUGCUCCUCUCAGUAGUACACAUAUUUCAAAGGUCUGAAGGUCACAACGUAGUUUGCACAUCGUGCACAAUGAUGCAAACCACGUUUAACGAGUGUAAAGGCUAGGGAAAUGGCAUAUGGCUUGACAAUCUAGGUCUAAGGUGAUUUUUCUGCCCUUUUACAAGUUCUGUCAGUCUCACUGCAAUGCCGGACAGAGGCACUCCUAUGAGGGUGUGUGCUGGCAAACUUAUUGGCUACUUGAAACAAUAUGAGGUCCCAUCUCCUUGAUACUCAUGCUCCCACUUAUUCAGCAAAGAUUUCUCUUACUUGUUAGCAAAGGUAAGGGAACUGUUUAGUCACAUAUUUCCUUGGUAAUGUCUACUUUUAAGUUCCAGGUCACUGAACACAAUGCUUGGCUUUAUUGUGAGAAUGUCACACAUUGCACUUUUAGAGGAUUUCAACUUGCAGCGCAAGGCCUGAAUGUGAUCGUGUGAAUGUUUAUUUUAACAUGUUUGCAUCAUUCAAGUAUGCUUAGCAGAGAGCCAGGAUUCUUUGCAUCUCCGUGUUGAGUAUUGUACUUGAUGGCAAAACUAAAGUCAGCAGUCUCAUCGUGUGUGGAUUGGAGAGCAGUCCAGGAAACCUAAACGUAUAGCUCAAUCCUAUUUAUUCUGAAGCAGGUCCCUUUAAAUUCAAUGGAACUUGCUCCCAAGUGAGUUUGCUUGGAACUGCUCGCUCUCUGACCUGUGUGUCAAGUGCCAUCAAGUCGCAGCCAACUUAUGGCACCCCAGAAAGGAGCUUUCCAGGCAAGUAAGCAGCAGAGGUGGUUUGCCAUUGCCGUUCUCUGCAGAGCUUCCAUGGAUCAUCUCCCAUCCAUGUCCUGACUCUGCUUAGCUUCUGAGCUCUGAUGAGAUCAAGCUGUGCUGUGCCACCUUGCAUCCUGUCCCGUCCUGACAGUUAGGCAUAUAUUAGGAAUUUUUCAAUUCACUGUGAACCAUGCAAUGAUCCUCCCAGUUUUCUCUCCCAAUCUUCAAAAGGAGUUUAGUUCAAUUUCCCCCUCAAUUCCAUCCGCUUUUGUAUGGAGUCUCUUCACUAUAAUUUCUGCUGUAAGGGAAGGUUAAGUCAAACCUGUUGUGUUUUUUACAUGUUUGGGCUGAAGAUUUCUUUUGUUUUGGGGUUUGGCAUAAGGUGAGUCUUGUUGCAUUCUGUGCCAGUAACUAUACGCCUCCUCUAUGGCUCAAAAAACAAUGAAGGAGGUUGUUCUAUAACUCAGUCUGAACCAUCACCUAAAAAACAGAUGGGAACAUUUUAUGGUUUUUCUAUACAGGCAGUAAUCAAACUUGUUUAUCACUCUCCCUCAUCCUACAGAACCCUGGAAAUACUGUUCCCUGGGAGGAAUCACGAUCUUUAACUGAAUUCUCAGCACCUCCAGCAAACAAUUAUUAUUACCAUUGUCAUUAGUUUCAUGUAUAGUCUGCCUUUCUUGCUGGUACUCAAGGUGGAUUACAAAUAUGAUAAAUAUUCAGUCCAUCAGAAAGGGAGCUACACUGUAUGAUAAAAACAUUUUAAUUUAACAGGAAAGACUUCUAGUGAAACAGAAUAAUGCUGUGGGCUGAGUAGAUUGACUUCUUGACCUAUGACAAUGACCAUGACUGUCAAACCACCACGGAACUCAUAUAAAUUUGUAGCACAGAAUAUAAUUUAAAUACUAUUCUGCUCCUCUGAGGAACCAAAAAUAAUCUAUUCCAACCACUUGCCACAAAACAGGGUACCACUUCCACAUGCUCACCCCUACACCUUCACAUAUCAGUUUGAAACUGAAUGGGUCUGAGGCAGAACUGAAUGCAGAUCCAAGCAUGGAGUCCUUGGGACGGAAUCUGUUUUAAUGGUUCCUCGAGUGAAGUACAAAGGGUUUUUGUGACUCUGGAAUAAGGUGCAGUGUACCAAUUGUAUAAUCAAUCACACCUUACUGCUUAAAAGCUGAGCAGAAGGGAGAAAAUGGCCAUCCUAUUUGCUAUUCUACCAGCUGACCAGUCAUCUAAAGCAAAAUACCCAGGAGUCACAGCCCAAACACCUAAAAAAACAAAUCUAUUAGGAACUGGGCUUUCAUGAAAUUGCUUGGCAAAGUAGUGAAUCUUUCCCCCUCCUAAUCAUUCUGAUUACUGUAUUUGUUGGUUGCAUCUGUAGUGUCCCAAUAUACUCCUUAUAUGGACCAUGUGAAUGUAAGUUUGCCAGCUAGACCAGGUGUGGGUGGGGGAAUGCUCUGUUCAGUUAAUAGAGGUUAAAUGCGUGGAAAUGGGCAGUUGAAGUUUUUCACGGAAUGAAGUCAAAUAACAUCUGAUAAUUGCCGGUGGAUCAAACUGCUAUUGAAGGGUUAACUAUAAGGACCUAGUUUUUAAAAAUGGCAACCCUAUGUAAACACAAUUCCUUGGAUGACUGGGGCAGCUUGUGUGAGCCAGUCCUUAACACAGGAGUGUCCAACUCUGGUGUUUCAGAUGUUCAUGGACUACAAUUCCCAUCAGCCCCUGCUGGCAUGGCCAAUUGGCCACUGUAGUCCAUGAACAUCUGAAGUGCCAGAGUUGGACACCUCUGUCUUAACAGGUCAAAUUCUGUGACUAGACGCUCUGCCUCUGAAGUAACGUAGCUGUGCCCUCCCCCUGCAUAUUUUAAGGGGACAUGGAUUCCAGCCUAUAGUAGUCAUUCUCUGUCAUGCUUUUUAAAAUAUAUGUCGCCCCCCACCCCCGAUUUCCCCCAGUUCUGGGCAGUUUCAUGCCAGUACAAGGGAGGACAAAAGACUUAUGGCAGUAUCUACAGGUGCUUCUGUAGUCAAGAAAAACAAAAGGAGGGUUGAUACCCGACUUGAAUCUCUUUGGGAUUUGGGAGGCUAGGGAGGUUUGCAAGCCUUUUGAGUGCCUGAUAUCACAAUGGUUUUGAAACCUGUGAAUCCACGGAUACAUAUAUGCGAGAUAUUCCCUAGGGGGAUUCUGUGAUUGCUUGUGUCAUAUUCUGCUUCUUCCCCCAUAUGAAACUUCCUAUUUGACAUGACUGCUGAUACAGUACAUUUUUCUGUUCUUUCUCUCUCUGAACAAAACAGGGUGAGGGAAGGUAGAGCAAAGAAAGUUACUUCAGCUCACGCUUGUGACAAUUUGAGAUCUUCCUCUUAGGACUUCUUCACAGCUUGCACUUUUAAGGGGUGCAUGUUACUAAAACCAUUUGAAGUGGACAGAAGCAUUGUUUCACUAUGAAUUUAACGCAAAAAGACAUUGCGGAGAGUUUUGGGCUUAGCCCAACAGUAUUGUCCUCUUGCAUUUUCAGUAUGUGAAAUAAACAGGAACCUGCCUCAAAAGGGUCACAGUAGAUACACAUCAUUUUUUAAAUAUGUACCCUGGACAAGUGUGGUGUGAAACAGCCCCCAAAUUGUCCUACUGCCAAAUGGACCAAAACCCCUUCUCAGAGGGAAGAAAAUAUAUCAGUGAGUUAGAAGUUUGAAGUAACCAUGUUUGUGCUAACACUGUGAUCUUAAUACACCAAGACUUGGGGGAAGAAUACAUUCUCUCUGCGUGAGCUGCUUUCUCACCCUCCCUUCUCUCUCCCUCUUCCUUCUUUUGUACAGCUGCUAAACUGGAAUUGACAUGUGUGCACACAUUUGUGUCAUAUGUAUUUUUCUUUUGUAUAUUUGAUUGUUGACAAUAAACUUGGUGUUUCUAUUUGA